AACACAAAUCAUCCAUAACCGGCAUACAGUAUUUAGUGUUUUUGUAUUGGUUUAAGUGAGUAGUUGAUAAAAUUGUAUUUAUUAUAGCUAUUUUCCUUGUUCCAAGUUAUAGAAUUACAAGAAAGACUGAGGGGGGUUAAUAUCUGAUAAUGUGUCGGAUAUUAGCUAUUUUCGUAGUCCUGGUCUGCGUGUACGCGGCCAAUGCCCAGUAUGUGAAGUCAGUUAAAGGUGGUCAACAAGGUGGAUAUUAUCGCCAAUACAAUCCUGGAGCUAAACUACCUGACUUUUACGGCAACUCAACACAAGGAGGUUUCAUCUCUCAAAACAGAACACAAAUGCACGUCAACUAUGAGAUAGGUGUUUGUUAUAUAGAAGUACCUACUGCCAGUUUAGUUCACAAUCAGGCCCAUAUUCCUGUUGGAAACGGUUCACGCCCAGAACUAAGCCGUAUACGAUCAUGUUGUCAAGGCUACAUAAGAAAUAUCCAUAACUUCUGGAUUUGUGAUCCAGUUUGCACACAGGAGUGUGUGAAUGCUCUAUGUACAGCUCCAGAUACCUGCACCUGUUUCCCGGAUCACGUGAAAAAUCUCGCGGGUUUCUGCAUCCCAACAUGUCCCAUUGGCUGCCAGAAUGGUCAAUGCGCUGGCGGGGAAUGCUUAUGCAAGGAAGGCUUUUCCUUAAACUCCGAGAGUCAGUAUUGUUACCCUUCUUGUAAAGAAAAUUGUGGAGGAAUUGGAAAUUGCACCGCACCGAAUAUAUGUGACUGUAGGAAAGGUUAUCAUUCAACACCAACUGGAAACUGCAAGCCUGUGUGUGAAAAAUGUGAAAACGGUGAUUGUGUGGCACCUAAUGAGUGCCGAUGCAAACAUGGGUACGAGAAAAACCCACAAGCUGCUUGCGUACCUCAAUGCCCUCAAAAUUGUGCACCCAAUGGCAAAUGCGUAGCACCGGGUAAAUGUGAAUACCCUGAAACUACCACCACAAUAAUAUCACCGACCUUCCGACCCUCACCUAACAUUCCACUUUAUCCUGGUAAUCAAGUUUAUGCUGGUAACAAUACUAAACCAGGUAAUUACUCAGGUCCUUAUCCCGGACAACAAUCAGGAUAUCCGGGGCAACCGGGCCAAUCGGGUCAAUCGGGUUAUCAAGGGCAUUCAGGCCAGCCUGGAGGAUCAAGAUACCCGGAACAAACACCUUAUCCAGGGCAGUCAGGUCUGCCAGGACCAACAGGAUAUCCGGGACAAGCAGGUCAACCUGGACAAGCAGGAUAUCCAAACCAAUAUCCCAGUCAGACAGGACACCCUAAUCAAUAUCAAUCUGGGCCCCAAAGCGCUGGCCAAGGCAACCAAAAUUAUGGUAACCAAAACCAUGCCUAUCCCCCUAGUUCAGGGCUUUCCGGAAACCAAGUUCACACAGGCUUACAAGGUCAACAAUUGUAUCCUGAUAUUCAGCAGUAUAACCAAGAAUAUGAACCGGAUUGCUUGCAGCCAUGCGUUAAUGGAUUCUGUGUAGAGGGAAAUAAAUGUCAAUGUAACAAAGGUUACGUACUGGAUAAAAGUGACCCCACCGAAUCGAGAUGUAUACCUCAUUGUGCUGGCGGCUGCCUAAACGGUGUAUGUUCAGCACCUAACUUCUGUAUUUGCAACAUGGGCUAUUACAAGGAUCACAGCGUCAAAGGAAGGCCACAAUGUGUAAAAAGGAAUAAAAGAUCUGUAGAAGAAACACCGAACAUUGCCAAAUUUCUUGUUUUUGACUUACCGGAAAUGAUCUAUUAAUUUUUUCUAAUGAUUUAUGCCCAAAUGAACUGUCGCAUUUUAUCUGAAAUGUAAUUUAUUAUUGAAAUAAAAGAGUCAUAUUUUUAACAAUAUAAUAAUAUAGGACUG